CGGAAUGAAGGUUGCUAAGAGCACAGGGUAGAAGGACGUUUCCAAACAAUUCUAUAAUUAAUGAAGAUGUGAUCGAUUAUGAUGCAGAAAGCAGUUAAAUUUGUUAUCACUGUACUGUCUGUUUGUUUUACAUGGUUUGAAUGAUGGUUUUGUAGAAUGUUUGUUAGUAUAGUAACCAACACUUCCUGUACCAUACAUCAAGUGAUUGACAGUGGAAAAAAUACAUUAGUGCACCUGAAUCAAGAAAUCGGAUAGCAUUUUUGCUACAAUUUUGCAGACAAUCUGUGCUCCAUGAUAAAAAGCUGAUGUUCAGUUGUCUUCUAUUGACGAGCAGGAUUUUAAAUUCAAACAAUUACAGCAUCAUACAGGGGAAAACAUUACUGUAUGGAUUCAUGGUGUAUUCCCAAGUUGCAUGCAAACCAUGACUUCAUGAUCUUUUGUGCCAAUGUUGUGGAUCUCAUAUUACCAGAGAGUUAAAAAUCUCAAUGCUGUUUUAGCAUGCUUCAUUUAUUCGUUGUGAAAUCUACAGUACCUUCAAAUACCCAAUAAGGUGUUGUAUAACUGAUUCAGAAUUGUUGAAACUUUGACCCUGAAUACAAUUGUAUAAAUCGCUGGAUUGGAUAUGGUUGAGGCUGAUUCUAUUUGUCUUGAUAAGAUUCACGAAUUAGUUAAGUUGGUCAUAGAUCACAUUGAUCCAGACCCACCACAUUUACCAGAGCAGGAUCGAGCCAAGAUGAACCAGCUUCAGAAUCUCUUGCACGAUGCUCUGAUUGGUACCGGCCAUGUUGAGCACUGCGCCAUCAUCAGACGAAAAGACACAUCCUUACGUGCAAGUUCUGCCGGUUUCACUCUUCAUAAUGAUCAGAUGCAGAGGUUGGUGACCGCAUUCAAGGAUCCUCCACGUACACGAGAAGAAGGUUUGUUUUACAAUAACAAACUCUACAAAUGCGUCCGAGCUGAUAAAAGUUCCAUCUAUGCAAAGUGUGACAAGUCAGGGUUAGUUUUGGUAAAAACAGCAACUUUGAUUAUCUUUGGUACUUACAACCCAAACAUGUUCCCAAGUGUAUGUGUUGAAGCCAUUGAAAAGCUAGCUGAUUACUUCAAAGAAAAGGACAAAUGAGAGGAAAAUUGUUGAAAGGUUUUCUGAAUUAGUGCAGCUGCGAAAGAUGCAAAUUUACACCAAAUAACAGCUUGGAAGACAGUGUACUGUAGUAGUGGUGGGUAUUUCAUCUAAUGUUGUAAAUUGCAUCAAUGAUUAUCACCUUGUGGACUUGUGCAAUACUGUAGCAUGGAGGCCUUGUUAUUCAUUUCAUCAAGAAAGAUUCGUCCAAAUGUUAUAGUUCUUCCAUUUUAUCAUACUGUAUUAAUAAUACUGUGACACAUUUUUGGGUACGCGCAAGAUGCCGACACCAGAGCCUCACUGCUGUACUUGUUCUUCUUGUUACCAUAAUUUUAAAAACGUCCAGCGUCGCCAGUUUUGAAUGGACGUGAAGGACAUUUAGUAUACAUCAACUAGAGGUGAUUUCCAACAAACGCUCAUCGCCCUUUUUUUAAGUUGGACCCCAGGGUUCCACCUACAAAACAAAACAGGGGUUUCAGUAAGGACUGUACAUAAAUGCCAUUACCACUAAUGAGGACACGUCGCAUGAAUGGCGCGGUCGGUUAAGAAUGUGUUCAAAGAACUUAAGGUUGUGAGUUUGAAUCGCGUCUUGAUAUUCAUUUUUCUUUUUUCCAUUUUUAAGGAAUUUUAUUUUUCUCAAUGUAAAGUAUUCUAAUUGUGUACAUACAAAUGAACAUUCUAAAUAAUUUUGUUUGUACAAAUAAACAUUCUGAUUAUUUAAAAAUUUCUAUCUUAUUAGCUCUUCCAAAAAACCCAAUAUAAUAACUUGUGCCUGUAGCGUAUUUAAGCGUGGAGGAACGCGCGGACCGGUAAGCAGUCGCUCUUGUUAUCUGUGAGUUUAUAUGUUACUGAAGUUUUGUCCUUACUAGGACAAAUUUGUGUGAUGUUGAUGUCAAUGUUACAUCCAAAUAAUAUGGGUAUGUUACAUAAUUUGAUAAUGUGGGCAGAGCUUAAGCAUAACAGCUUUGACAUGAUAAGACUGAUUAUAAAUAUUGAUAUACUGUAAUUAAUUAAAUAGUGAAAUGAAUAUUUAAUAGAUUAUUAUUGUUACUAACUGAUUUUAAAGGCUUUUAAUUCUUGAUCUUUAAGCCGGACACUCACUGUGUCAUACGAUCGUCGGCCAACAAAUCUAACUCCGUUCCCAGUGAGCGCUAGACCAUGUGAAAUCGUCUGCUGAUUUUCAGUGGCAGUUCUAACGGAUCCUCAUUAAAAAGAUUUGUUGCGUGGUGCCGUUGUGUUUUGCAUAGGAUCGCGUCGGCCGAUAACUGUCAGGCCUAGUGGGUGCCCAGCUUUACUUUCCUUUGUACAUUCUUUAGGUUUUUCAUGUUUUUAAAAUUAAAUUUACUUUUUUCAUAGGAGCCUAAAUUCUUACCUCUGUACUUUAUGAAUUGUUUAUUUGUAUGUUUAUCAAGUGGAACAAAUAAAGCAUAUAUUCUAUGAGAACUUGGUUGAGUUUAGCUGUUGAGGCGCUACGUAGAAGAGACAAGAACUUGAACUGCUCUGCAUUUGAUUCAUAUUAGUACUACAGUGUGAUAUAUGAGUCUAUUAAUGUACUGUACAAAAGUGUGAUAUAUGUCUAUUAAUGUACUGUACAAGAUUUAGUGGACGCAACAUUUACUGCAUACCUUCCUGUCUGUAGUUAAAGCCCUGUCCAGACUAUUAAUGUACUGUACAAGAUUUAGUGGACGCAACAUUUACUGCAUACCUUCCUGUCUGUAGUUAAAGCCCUGUCCAGACUAUCAUCACAUUUUAUUUGAUAAAAACAUGUGACAUGACUAAAUAUGGUCAUGAUGUGACUAUAUAUGGGCAUAUUGAUAGUGUGGCCAGAGCUUUAGAUGUACAAUACUUAAAUAGAGCCAAAGACCUUACAAUAACAAGAAUUAUGCAUGCAAGUCUUUGAUAGAACUGGAGGUUUCAAUAGAGGGCGCUGUUGAUAUUUUAAUUGCAUUCAUGCAAUGUCAAGAAUGAAGUUUGUAUUAUUAUUAACAGUUUUUGUUUCAACUUCUUGAUCUAACUUUAGUUGCAGCAUUGUGAAAAGAAUAGUUUUAUAGUCUUUUAAACAAAAUAUUUCAAGAGAACAAACUGUAUGGAUAUAUAUAUAUAUAUAUAAUUUUGCAUUUGUGAAUGUAUAAAUAAUACUUCUGCUAAUACAGUAAUAUUGUUUUGUAGAUCCUUGGGUAGUUAUGGUAUACCUUUGAUACCAAGAGACUAGUACUUUAAGCCAUGUUUGCUUUGCAGUAAUUUUGACACUAUUUGCCACAUGUAUACAAAGAGUGACCUCACCUCGACUAUCCGCUGUUUACCGGGAAUGGUACUUAAAAUACUAUUUGCCACAUGCACAUUUUCAUUUAAAUGCUUAAGUUUUAGUCACACAAAAUUCAGAAUGAGAUUUUUUAUCACUGCUUUACGGAAAAUAGACUGGUUAUUCUCGCUAGGCAUGAUGGAAUCGGUUUAACUUACUGCAACCCAGGGGGAAUGUUUCAGAGACUGACCGCAUUGUUUUUCAUCGAAAUGACUUUGAGUCGAGCAAAGCUUGCCUUUGAUGUUCAUUUUCUGCUGUACAACAAAUAUACUUAACAACUAAUAAAUUAUGACAAACAAAACAUCA